AUGUCUGGAUGGGACGCGUAUGUUUCCAACUUGCUGCAGAAUGCCGAAGGCAUCAAGAAGGCUGCCAUCAUUGGUGUUGAAGAUUCUGGAGUUUGGGCCAGGAGUGACGACUUUAAUGUAAGUUGUUUGUUUUCUUUUGUGAUUUAGAUUUUAUAUAGUGGAUGCUAAGAGAUAGUUUUUUUGUUUUAGUUUUUAAAGGGAAAGUCUUGUGGUUUUGGAGAGAAAGAGAAAUGAUAACUUUACAACAUAUUCUCUUGAAGAAAACAUUGUUUUUGAUGUUGUUUUUUUAAGUUUCGUUUUAAUAUUUUUUUUUGUUUUAGGCUACCGAAUCCGAACUUCAAGGUUUAACAAACAACUUCAAGAAUCUCGAUGCCGUCCCACAAACCGGUGUGAACCUGGAAGGAGUUCACUAUAUCGUUCCCCGUGUUGAAGAAUCCCUGAUUUUUGGCAAAAAAGGAGUGAAUGGAUUUGUUGCUGUGAAGACCAACUCUGCCAUCAUCUUGGCUUUGUUCGAAGGCGAAACUGGAGCCGGAUCCGCAACAAGAGGCGCCGUCGAGAAGCUGGCUGGAUAUUUGGUUGAAACGGGAUAUUAA